AUGGACAGACAACAGUACCUCUUCGAGGCACAUAGACAACUGAACAAGAUAGAACACUACACUAAGUUAGAUGAGCCCAUAUAUAAAGAAACACAAAAGGAAAUAGGGGACAUUUUGGAGGAGCUUAAGAGAUCAGGAUACAUCCUAGCCAAACAAGUAGAAUACUUGACAGGAGCACAACCCAGGGCGAGGAAAUUCUACAUGCUCCCAAAGAUACACAAAAACCCAGACACGUGGACAGUGCCUGGAGAAAUACCACCAGGUAGGCCCAUAGUAUCAGAUUGCAGUAGCGAAUCCUAUGGGGUAGCAGAAUACAUUGACCACUUCCUUAACCCGCUGGGACAACAACAUCCCAGCUACAUCAGAGACACCUACCACUUCACCCGAAUAGUUUACUCCCUCAACAUACCACCCAACGCAAUACUCUUCACCAUGGAUGUGGAAAGCCUGUACACAAACAUAGAGACAGACAGGGGGAUACAGGCAGUUAAAAACAUCCUACAGAGAAAUCCUGACCCAGAGAGACCAGACGAGGCCCUAAUUAAACUACUGGAUCUGGGUUUGACUAAGAAUGACUUUGAAUUUAACGGGGAGUUCUAUUUACAAGUCAAAGGUACAGCAAUGGGGAAGAAGUUUGCCCCAGCUUAUGCCAACAUAUACAUGGCAGAAUGGGAGGAGACAGUUUUCCACAAAUGUCCGAAGCGUCCAAUGUGCUACUACAGAUUCCUAGAUGACAUUUGGGGAGUGUGGACACACUCAGAGGGGGAACUACAGGAGUUUAUUGACAUACUCAAUGCCCAUCACCCAUCCAUCAAGGUAAAGGCCGUGACCAGCCAGCAGAGGGUGGACUUUCUCGACACCACUGUCUUUAAACUACCAUCAGAUACCCAAGACCACAAACUAGCUACCAAAGUCUUCUUCAAACCCACAGACACACACACCCUCCUACAUACCACGAGCCUCCAUCCAAAACACACCUUCAGGGGUAUCGUUAAGUCACAACUGACCCGCUUCCACCCAAACAAGCGCCCAGACCUAGGCCGGGGACGACAUUGA